ACUCCUUCCUCCUUUGUGUAUGUCACCUAAUAUCGCAAGCCUAAUUGUUAAUGUGGAUUUAUUAUGAAUAUUUCAUGGUAUUUUAAUUCCAAUGGAAAACCAAGACCGGACUAACUUUAAAAUCAAACUGCGGUGUUCAUGGAGGUGCUGUGGUGAUGAAUUAUUGUGACAAUUUGACCUGUAAUUUAGUCGAUUCGAUUAGACAUAAUACACGUGUGUGAUAUGGUGUUGACAUAGUAGCUGUACCAAACAGACAUAGAUCGGAGCUUUAAGGUCGUGUACAUAUUAAUACACGAACAAUAGACUAUGCCCAAAAAGGGUAAAAAAGGUAAAAAGGUAGGAAAGAAGGCUAGUGAAAAAACUGAGCCGUCGUCUAAAACCAAAAGUCAAGAAUCUGUCCUAGCGUUUGCUGCUGCUAAUUCCAAGUUAUGGGAAACUCGACUAGGAAUAGCCGAAGCUUCUAGAAAUGGAUAUAAAGACUGUGCUCAUCGCCUGGCGGUAGAAAACGAAGAGAUAAGCAACACCAUGGUUCGAAAUGAAAGAGACAUGGUGGAUGUUAUAAGUUUUCUCAAGGAGAAGCUGACAGAACAACAGAAAGUUCUUGAUCGUGAGCAGGAGAAAUCACGCGCCCUGAGAGUAACAGCACGACAAGAAAUGGAAACACUGAUCGAAGACUUCACUAAAAAGAUAAACCAUUUAGAAGAAAAGCUAAAAGAAAGGAACCAAGAAAUAUUUGCCCUGAAAGAUGAGUUGAAGUUUGCCAAAGAUUUUCGGAGAAAACGCGACCAAAUGCAGAAAGAUAUAUUUGAUUUGAAAAGAACCAUGGACAACGUAAACAAGAUUCACAGAGAAGAGUUCGGACGUUUGGAAAAGAAGUUCCUACUAGAGAAGAUUCAGAUUGAAAAAGAUUCCAAGCAGAAAAUAAACGAACUGACAGAGAAAACGCACCAUGAAGCCGUUUCGAAUUUAGACGAGACAACGAAACGGGUUUUCAAAGAAAAUGUUCGUUUGAAAGAAGCACUGAAUCUCGAGAUGAAGCAAAGUGAAAUACUAAAGAAGGAGAGGGAUGAUGCAGUGACUGAAAACGACAAACUUAAAGAGGAGAACAAAACUAACAAGAUGGCCCUUAAAAAGAAAUUGUCACAAGAUACCAGAGAUAAAGAGCAGCUAAUGUCUUACAAAAACAAGGUAGAAACGCUUGAAAACUCUUUAACGCAUGUGGUGAGGGAGUUUGAUACAGAAAAAUCUAAAAUGUCAUUGACUGCCAUUAGUGAAGACCCCAGUGGAUUAAAGGUGGAAUUAACUCGACUUCAAAGAAUAAUGGAACUGAAAUCGAAGGAAAUGGUCAAAAUAAAAAGACUUGCUAAAACCAUUUUAGAUCAAAGAACAGAAUUGGAAAACUUUUUCAUGAGUGGUUUGGACGAUGUCAGAUCUGAAAUCGCCAAAGAGAAAUCUUCUCUCUCGAAAAUACAGCCCUCAAAUUUGCCCUGUUCGACGUUUCAAACCCUUGACAGGGGUGAAACCCAGCUAAGUUUGAAUUCGAAGACAGAUAUUGGCGAGUUGUCAUGGCUGCAGAAGGAAAGAGUUUUACGGCAUCUCUUCGCUAAAAUGAAUGGACAAAAGAAUGGAACCCCUGCUCAGUUGAAACAGUAACCUACUGCAUGACUACAGUUAUGGUGACAAGACCGACGCAAACUAAUAAUGAUAAUAGGGUAUCUAGCUGUAACGUGAUUAUGAGUCGCCCUAGUACUGCAUCAAGCAAAAGUUCCUUGGGAAUAGUUCCGUUUGGAUUUCAUGCAAAGACUUCCUUCGACGCCGACGAUGCCCUGCGCCGAACAAGAAGUGCCACGUGGAAAUUAAAAGAAUCACCAAAAGAUAACGACAUCUGGAAAAGACCACCACCGGAUUUCCGGUAUGCAGUGUAUGAUCCACAACCGCCUAAACGCAACACUGUAGAUUCGAUGAAACCUUGGAAUUAUGGUACCAUUCCUGGAGAACGAGUGGUUUAUAAAAGAGAAAAGACAACACUGUUGCCUCGAAUACUGAAUAAUGAUCAAUCGAAGGACGAGAAGGAGUUUAAAAGAUUUUUCAGAAUAGAUCGACCCUUCACAGCUAAGAAGAAAUUUGUUCGUGAGGGGAUGUAUGAAGCUGGAGAGUAUGAAAUGCCCAAGCCGCAUGAUUUCAGAGAUUAUCCAUCAUUAAAAUCAUUAGGAUUGGAAGAACUACAGUUAGCACCAGAAAGAGACCCAUAUAACUUAAAAUUCAACUCAGAAAGAUUAGAUAUAAUUCGUGGUCUAACAGCGGGUGACGCGAUAUUCCUGUCAGCAGAUUAUCCAUAUAUGGCACCACCGUUACCUCGUCAACCUCGUUUUGAACCAAGUUUAAUGUUAGACAGAGAAUCAUACCCACAAAGAGAAGUCCGGUUCACGAGAUAUCGUCGAAGGAAUCGUCAAGCAUACAGUGCAUUUAUGGAAAGGGUUGAAGCCGAUUUAACAGCUCAGUGGAACAAAGAGAAAUUAGAAAAAGUCAUUCAACAAGCAUCUUGAUGAAGCAAAACAUUAGAUUAUUGUACUCAAUUUGAUUGUUUACCGUUUAACAUUACAAUCUCAAACGAAUUUCGUGCUCAACAAUUUUCGUAAUCAGUUGCUUUUGUAGUCAGUUGUAUAUUUCUAACCAAUAUCCAGUGACGUAAUUAAAACGCAACUAAUAUUUCGCAAUGAGAACCGAGAUCGAAACGACAUGAUUUGAUAGUUCUACUGGACAAGGGUCAAAGUCUUUUUGUCCCAUUCCGUUGCAGACGCAUGUAGAUCCAUAUUUCCGGACCCUCUUCUUCCCUUUCAAACUUUGCAAAUGGCCUUUGUGUUCAUCGUUUGGCUAGUUGAAAAAGGUUUAGAUUUAGACUUUCUGGUAAUUUUUGACCCACAAUCCUGAUUUUGAUGCCGAAUGAUAGGAAUAUAAACAUCAUGAUAUCGAAAUCGACGUCAAAAUUGACGUAAUUAAUAGUAGUAUAUCCUGUACGGAUGCAUUUAUGAAAAAAUGUAGUUGGCCAACCCCCUUCUUGAUUUUUAUCAGGUAUGUUUGGGUAAGUUUUUAAAAGAGAAAUUAUGGGUCAAAACAUAGUUUUCAUUUAACACUAACGUCAAUAGAAAACUGAAAUAUUGGCCUACUUUCGUGGAGUUGUUUCCCCUAAAUGCGUACAAUCAAUGUCAAUAGUCUGGUAUCAGGAUUGUAUCGAUUUACCAGUGUUUUUGAUCAAGAUUUGUACACCUAUAAAAAGUCUUUAUAGUCGUCUUCAAUGUUAAUUUGGCUGUGAUAUGUUUAUAUUUUGUAAUUUACAUUUGUUUUAGAAUAGAUAUUGAAAAUGGUUGUAUUUUAAAAGAAAUAUAUUGUCGAUUAUUGUUUUGAAA